AUGCUUCGCGCCGCUGCGCACGACAUGAUUGAUGGUUUCAUCGAGUCUGGCUCCGUUGAGAUCAAGAGUCAAUUCGCGCUACCGGUGCCUUUGCGAUGCAUCGUGGUGGUGGCUGGGUUAGACCCAUCUAAGUGGGAAUGGAUUGGGCGUUGUCUCUCUUUAUUCGGCGGUAUCACCAAGACAGGAGAAGACGUCAGCAUCCAGCAAAAGGUUCAGGAUGUUCUGGACCUUCAUUCAUACAUCGCCAAUGUCAUCGAAGACCGCCGAAAUGAUCGCAGGGAUGAUUUGAUCAGUCACAUUUGGGACGAGCGAGAUGCCGGAAACGUCCGCAUGACCGACUUUGAGCAUCUGAGCAUGAUUCCCGGCCUCUUACUUGCAGGGCAUGAGACGACUACCAACGUGCUAUCCAUGGGCCUCGCGCAUCUACUGCAUCAUGAACUGUGGGAACGCAUCAAUCAGAGUAGUGAGGCCAGAGUGGCUGCGAUCGAGGAACUGUUACGCUACGAGUCUGCCAUAACAGGCAUGCCACGCGUCGUUACAAGAGAGACGACUAUUGGAACCAAAACUCUGCACCGAGGAGAGAGGCUAUUCGUCGCAUACAACUCGGGCAGUCGAGAUAGCACCAAGUUCGACAACCCAGAUCACAUCGACAUCGAUCGCCGUUCAAAGACUCAGCACCUGGGAUUCGGGCGGGGAGUUCACGCCUGCCUGGGAGCUCCCUUCGCCCGGCUACUUCUGAGGACAGAGCUUUCGGUACUUCAUGAACGUCUCGCUAAUCUGAGACUGGAAACAUCUUAUGAAGAGAUCAAGUACAGCGAUGUCCACGAAGGUCGCGGGCCAGAGGCGGUCAGGGUCUUGUGGGAUCCCCCAGCUUCUCGUGAGACAGGUCGCCGUGUACAAAGCAACACCAUUAAGAGAUUGCUGGCUCAGCACAAGAAUCUGGAAGUAUUGGUCAGAGAUGCCACUGAAAUUGCCUCUGGUGUGAUGCGACUUACCUUGCAACCUCUCGAUGGCACGAAGGCUCCAGCCUGGACUCCAGGUGCCCACAUCGAUGUGGAUGCUGGCCACUUGGGCUUCCGGCAGUAUUCAAUUUGUUCAAAUCCGCAUGAUCUUGGAUCAAUUGACAUUGCGGUGCUCAAGACAAAUGAAUCGGGAGCCUCUCAAUUCAUUCAUACUACAAUCAAGAAGGGCCACAAGUUGGUCAUUCGCGGACCAAGGAACAAUUUCCACUUCGAACCCGGACUCCGAAAAACCGUUUUCAUCGCAGGGGGAAUAGGCAUCACUCCCAUCAAGCCCAUGGCUAAUGAGGCAAAGUUGCAGGGUAGGGACUAUAGCAUCAUUUACUUGGGUCGCGACCGGAAGACUCUGGCGUUUGUUGACGAGCUUGUCGAACACCACGGAAACCGCUGCAUCACCUGGAUCACCAACGAUCACGGCGGAAGCCGAAUGAAUAUAGAUGGUCUUCUCAACUCCAUGGAGUUGGAUGGUCUUCGAGUGUACUGCUGCGGCUCCGAAAGCCUCCUCACUCAAGUUGAACGAAGCUUGGAAAAUGCACCGCCGGACGUCCUGCGAGUGGAACGAUUUUCCGUCACCUCACAAGAAACAACAGAGAAUACUGCAUUUGAUGUUGUUUUGGGUCGAAGUGGGAAGGUGCUGAGGGUGCCUGAGGAUAGGUCAAUCCUCGAUGUCAUCAAUGAGGCUGGUGCUGGAGUGAUAUCAACUUGCAACAAGGGUCUCUGCGGUACUUGUGAAGUGAGAGUGUUGAGUGGCCUGCCCGACCAUCGCGAUGCCGUUUUGACCCCACUUGAAAGAGCCGAAGGCAGUACAAUCAUGACCUGCGUAUCGAGAUGCAGGAACGACAGGCUUGUGUUAGAUCUUUGGUAG